CUCACUCAUUACGUGAACAAAGAUCUCACCGACUGGGAUCUCUUUCUCCCUAAAGUUACUUUCACUCUGAACUCGAUUCCGAGUUCAACCACAGGUAUUUCUCCAUUCGUUGUACUGUUUGGUCGUGAUUGUCGUAUGCCUCUUGAUUCCAAAAUUUUCCCUCAUAGCGAAAACACGCUACCGUCUGAGAGAUUAGAAAAUAAGAUCAUUGAUACAUUUAUUUUGGAAAAACUUAAGAAAACCGCACUAUCAAACACCAUAAAAUACAAUGAUCAAAACAAAGUGAAUGAGAGAGAUAUUAGAGUGAAUGAUCUUGUGAUGAUAGCUGUCAAGAACUUACAACCAGGUCACAAACUUAGAAAAAGUUAUGAUGGUCCUUUUAAAGUUGUUAAAGUUCAAGGCAGUGCAGUCCAAAUUCGAAACCAUUCUGAUAAAUUACAGGACGUCCAUAAGGACAACCUGAAACUUUAUUCUAGGCUCGCAGCUGAUGGUACCUUGAUCUACAAUCCACCCAGAGAUGACACGGAGCGUCAUCAACUUGAAGGCCCGGGAGGAGCUCGCCCAAGACGAACAUCUCC